CGCGGCUCCACUGCCGAGCGACCGCGGGAAAAUUCCAAAAAAGUCAAAACAAAACAAAGAAACAGUAGGAGGCGAAGCCAAGUUUUCAAGCCACAGAACUCGGGCGGUGGCGUCCUUCCCGCCACGGCCCAAACUGCUGAAGCAGCUCUGGCGCGGACCACCGGUAAUAAGUUACCGGUGGAACAAACCAACGGUGGAAAGAGGCAGAAGUAACUUGGAGCCGAGUCACCAGUGACAGAGGCAAGAAGAUUUCUAGUAUUUUAACGUCUAAUGUGCCCCUCAGCCCAUUUUUCUAACUGGUCUCACCAAAAGUUCACAGUCUGACUGUCAGAUUUGAUAUGUGCUUACUGUUUCCUUCAGUGCUUAACAGGCCACAGUGAAGGUACAUCACCUUUGCCCCUUUUUUGAGAUGGCUCAAGAUUCAGUAGGACUUCCUUCUGAUUAUCAGUUUUGGAUGCGGAAGCUGUCUGUAUGGGGCCAGGCCUCCACUGUGGAAACCCAGCAAGACAUCUGCCAUCACCUACCUCAGUUCCAGGAGUUCCUGAGGCAGAUUUAUGAAACCUUAAAAGAAAUGGAUUCAAGUACAAUCAUUGAAAGAUUUCCCACAAUUGGUCAACUAUUGGCAAAAACUUGCUGGAAUCCUUUUAUCUUAGCAUAUGAUGAAAGCCAAAAAAUUCUAACAUGGUGCUUAGGUUGUCUGAUUAACAAAGAACCACAGAAUUCUGGAGAAUCGAAACUGAACUCCUGGACACGGGGGUUGUUAUCUCAUAUACUUUCAGCAUUCAGAUUUGAUAUAAAAGAAGUUGGUCUUUUUACUCAAAGUCUUGGGUAUGCACCUGCAGAUUAUUAUCCUGGUUUGCUAAAAAAUAUGGUUUUAUCAUUAGUGUCUGAACUCAGAGAGAAUCAUCUUAAUGGAUUUAACACUCAGAGGCGAAUGGCUCCUGAACGAGUAAGGUCCCUAUCACGAGUUUGUAUCCCACUUGUUACUCUGCCUGAUUUUGAACCACUGGUGGAAGCUCUGCUCACCUACCAUGGCCAUGAACCUCAGGAAAUGCUCUGGCCUGAAUUCUUCGAUGCUGUAAAUGAGGCCUUUUUGCUGAAGAAGAUCUCUCUCCCCAAGUCAGCGAUCGUCUGCCUCUGGCUUCGACACCUUCCCAGCCUUGAAAGAGCAACGCUGCAUCUUUUCGAAAAGCUAAUCUUCAGUGAGAGAAAUUCUCUGAGAAGGACCGAAUGCUUCAUGAAAGAGUCAUUGCUGCCCCAAGCAGCCUGCCACCCUGCCAUCUUCAGAAUUGUUGAUGAAAUGUUCAGGUACGCGCUCCUGGAAACCGACGGAGCCCCAGAGGUGCUGGCCACCCUUCAAGUGUUUACGUGCUGCUUUGUAGAAGCUCUGGAAAAAGAAGACAACCAGCUGAAGUUUGCACUCAAGACCUACUUUCCUUACGCUCCUCCGUCUCUGGUCAUGGCGCUACUCCAGCACCCGAAAGACAUCCCACAGGGACUGCGGCACCAGCCACUGAGGCGUAUUGCUGAAAUGCUCAGAGAAUCGGUGGAAGACCAGACUCACGGGUCCUGCGGAGGCCCCUUUGAGAGCUGGUUUUUGUUCGUUCACUUUGGAGGAUGGGCUGAUACGGUGGCUGAGCAGUUACUGAUGUCAGGAGCUGAACCCCCCGAGGCCUUGCUGUGGCUCUUGGCAUUCACCUACAGCCCACGUGACGGGAGUCAGCCGAGAGCACAGACCAUGGCAGAGGUGAAAGCAGUGCUCGGCCACCUCAGGAAGCUGCUCAGGAGCCCGACCCUGUCGGCCAGGGAUCUGCAGGCAGCAGCUGGAGAGCGCCCCGGCGGGGCCACCAGGCCGCUGGCCUGUGGGCAGCUGAUCCGGCACCUCCUCCUGAACUUCCUGCUCUGGGCGCCUGCAGGCCACACAAUUGCCCGGGAAGUCAUCAGCCACAUGGCGCAGACUGAGGAGACAGCCCGGGAGACCAUCGGCUUUCUUGACCAGACCUUGGACAGAUGGGAUCGUCUUUGCAUGGAGGCCCCGGCAUCGAGACGACUGGCCCGGGAGCUCCUUACGGAGCUGUGCACACGUCCAGCGCAGGCCCGUUGACCGAGCACCGCCCUGUGGGCCCAGGUGCGCGGGGCCAGGGAUGCAGCGAUGGGUUUCUAUGGCAAGGGUGCCCUCUGUGAGGAGUAACAAUCAGCGGAACUACCCUGCAAGACCUGCUAGGAGAAUUCUACACAAGGAGGAGACAGGCUCCUUCGCCCAGACUCAGUCAGGUCUGUUCACUGAUGACUGGGGUUUACGCCUUUAGCAUUCUCUUGACCCAGCUCAGCUGGGUGUCAGAGAAUCACUGAGAAAAGGCUCGGAUAGGAGAACCAAUUUUUAUUUCCUUUUUUCCCUUAUCAAACAAAAUGCACAGCUAUUAUCUAAAUGUUUCAAAGUCUUUGGACCAAGAAAUGGGUCAUGAACCACUGUUCAGUUUAGAAAGUAAUUUAGCCCCUGUCUCAGGUCAUUGGUAUUGGUGUUCCUUUGAAUCCACAGGGAUUUGAGAUAAAGCCACUUUUCCUAGUUCUCUAGCAAGGAGAGGUUCCCCUGGGCACCCCGUGAGCAAGCCGCGGGGACGGAGCCAGUAGUGACAGGGCCCACUGGUCCAUGCCGCCUGCCGUGGAGGGCGACCCUGCCCGGCCACCACGUGGAGCCAGUCUGUUGCUAAACACUCGCUGCUGCCUCAGAGCCCCGUUGCCUAGAGACGCUGCCGGAGGGCGAGAACGAGUUCCAGAGACACCAGGAAAGGGUGUCAGCAGUUAUCUUGUUAAGUGAACUGGAAAUGGAAAUUUCUAAUAAAGGACUGGUAACCCCAAGGUUAAUAUUUAUUUCACAUCA